UCACUAUGAGCAAGACCGGAGUGCACUUAAGCGGAAAGAAUGGGAGAGAAGAAACCAGGAAGUCCAGCAAGAUGAAGAUCUCUUUGCUUCAGGUUUUAACCUCUUUGGGGAACCCUACAAGACAAAUAAAGGUGAUGCCCUUGCAAACCGUGUCCAGAACACAUUGGGAAAUUAUGAUGAGAUGAAAGACCUAUUAACCAACCAUUCCAACCAGAGCCACCUUGUAGGAAUCCCAAAGAAUUCUGUCCCACAGACACCCAUUGACAAAAAUGAACAGAACUUUUUCCCAGAACCAAGAAACAGGAUGAUCCCAUCUCAUCAGAUCAGUGGCCACUCAUCGACAUCAAUGCCUCCGCCUUCUUCAUUGUCAUCUAAUUCUACUUUGCUACACAGUCACCAGAGUAGCAGGAAGUCGAGGACAGACUGGUCACGUAGUGGUCACAACUCUAAUGGGGCCCAGCCAAGCCAAUCCAGCAGUCAGCAGAGUCGGACAAAGCAUAGCUCUUCUCAUGACCAGCCGCAGGGCAGGUAUGAAGACCUCUAUAACUGUCAGAGUGAGCAGCAUAAAAGUGGAGGAACUGAGGAAGCAAAUUCUAUGGCAGCAUCUUCACAUUCAAGGAGGCAUACUCAUUCAAAGUCAGCAGCUGGAGAACAUACUUACAAAGAAAACAGUCAUUCGAAGUCACCCACAGAGCUUGAGUUUGUAGGUCAUGGUCCUGGAUCUCCACUUCCUUCCACAUCUUUGUUAUCUGCGAACAAUGGUCUUUCGACCCAGAAUUUCCCACCAGGACUUCACUGUAAAAACAGCAUGGUCCAGCAAAAGCCUACAGCAUACGUCAGGCCUAUGGACGGUCAGGACCAGGUACCCAAUGACUCACCUGAACUGAAACCUCCACUAGAAAUUGAGAGUGGAUAUGGAAACCAGUCCUUUGGAACGCUGCUGGAAGGAAAAGUGAACACACCUAGUUCGAAGAACAAAGUACCAAAGCUCAGCAUUCCUCCUGUUACUGAA